UAGUGUUCAUUUUUACUAUUGCAGAAGGUAAGCAAAUUUACCCAAAAUUGACGACAAUUUUUUUCAAGUCAACUAUUGAAGUGAAUUUGCAUUCGGAUUCGGGCAGUAAAUUCACGUCAAAUUGAAUAGCAAGUUGAAUACAAAUUGUCGUAAAAAACGGAAAAGUCCUAAGUUGACAGAAAUUUGACGAAAAUUUCAAGGAAACUUUUGUAAAGUAAACUUUUGCUGAAGCACACUGUGUUAUUAGGGUAGCUACCUGAGUUGGCUACCUUGGAAAUUCCAUCAGAACUAAGAAUAAGUUUUGGCGAUCGGUGAGACAUCUUAAGGAUUAAAUAGGCAAUAACUUUACUGGCUACAGUGACUUCAAGUCAACAAACUCUUGUAACUCCAAGUUAUAAAUUGAUUAAAUCAUUUCCGGUUAUGAGAACCACCAUUUUGGCGUCACGACUUUUGCGUCUUCAGUUUUUGAUCAAAACUCUUGGCCAUUAUUUUAAAAUCGCAAGUUGCUAAUCAUUAUUUAAAACAUGUAUAAUCUUAUACGUGAAUCUGAAUUCAAAUUUCGUAUCACUACGAAAAAUGACUGGCAAAAAAUUAAAAAAAGAAAAUUGAAAGACAGAAGUUCUGAUGAUUCAAUUCAUGGUUAUUUAGAAUGCUCGAGUGAUGAUUCACUACUGCUAAAUGAAAUAAAAAAUAAUCUAACUGCAAAUAUUCCUAAAGUAAACUUGGAGCGAAUUUCUAAUAAUCAUUCAACACAACCUGAAACUAAAAAAAUAAAGAUCAUGGAAAGUAAACAAAUAUUGGAGAAAAUAAAUGUAUUAAGCCUGUGCAAAUUAUCAAAGGAAGUCAUUGCAACAGACUCUUUGACAAGUGAGAAAGAUAAUGUAAUAUCCAGUACUCCAAACACUUCUACUUUUCAUGAAUCGGAUUCAGAGUCAUUGAAUACUACUUCUAAAAUGACCAAAAAUAUGUCUCUAAUUUCUCCAAUAAAUCCUCCAAAUACAACGUCAUUUAUAAAAAUAUUUAAUGAUAACGCUGAAAAAACUCAAAAUGGUUCUAAUUUACUUGAUGGUAACAAGUUUGCUACAGAAAAUAAUGAUAUUUUUGAUGAAAAUCAAAAUUGUCUAGAAAAAAUGUCCAAUUCGAAAGAUCCGUUCAUGAUUAAUUGUGAGAAUUCGACUUACAAUUUUUCAGCUAAAGUCAACCAGACAAACUUUUUAGAUAUCGUAGAAAGUUCUGAAUGGGAUCGAGAGACUUGUCAAAGGAUGUUUCAAGAGUCAGAAAUUUUAGAUUUAUCUGAUGAACAAAUGCGUUGUUUGAAAGUUAUUGAAGAAGAAUUUGAUUCAGGCAGGUUAGAAAGUGGGCCACAAGUACAAUUUGAACAAAACGAGUUAGAUGAGAGACAUGGAUUAAAUGAAGUAAAUGAAUUAGAAGAAGACGAUCAAUCAAAUGAGAAUGAGUAUCAGAUAUGCGAGUAUCAGAUUUGUGAGUAUGAAUUUGAGAAUGAAUCAAAUAAUUCACACAACACUGCCACUACAUCUGAGCAGUUGGACUCGGACUCAGAUAAAUUACAGGAUAGAAUACAUGAAUUGAAAGCAAAAAAACAGGAGAUACUAAAAGAAAUCCAUGAGAAAUGCAACGAUUCAGAUCCAGAUUACAUCCCUGAAGAAGAAAAUAAUUUCUCUGCCAGUGAAAGUUUUAACGUAGUUUUAACAGAUAACCGAGAAGAAAAAGAAACUGCACUAGUGCAAAAUGCUACAAUAGUUAUCGAGGAAAAUAUUAUUGCCAAAGGUUUUGAUGUUUCCUUACCGUUGCCGCAAGCUACAACUUCUGAAGUGACUAGACCAAAAGUUUAUGUCAGUGCCUCAAAAUCUGGCCCUAAGAAACACGCUUGUCUUUUUUGCGGAAAGUUAUUCUUCAAAAUUGCUCGACAUCUCGAAGUUCAUAAGGAUGAAGAAGAAGUUAAAAAAUUUCUCCUUUUAAAACCAAAUGAUCAAGUAAGACUCGAUUUGAUUAGAAAACUUCGACACGCUGGUGAUUAUAAGCAUAAUACUAAUAUUAAUCCUGCUGCUAAAAAUCAUGAACGAAUUGUGAUUCGACGUCCGAAAGUUGGAGUUACGAAAAAUCCUUCUGAUUUUGCUUACUGUCCAAGUUGUCAAGUAUCUGUUAGUAAAAGUACACUUUCUACACAUUUUGUUCAUUGUACUGGACAAACUGGAAAAUCUCGGCGAGUUAUUAAAAAAAUGUCUAAGAUUUAUGAAAAUGACUUCCAUCCUGAAACAAGUAAGAAACUUCGCUCUCUUCUUGUUUGCAUGCACGUAGACGAAGUUUCAAAAACUAUAAAAUUUGACGAUUUAUUAAUAAAAUUUGGCAAUACGCUUUGCGAAAAAUAUAAAUUAGCGCAACACGAUGAAAUGAUACGUAAUAGACUUCGUCUUCUAGCUAGAUUAUUGGUAACGGUAAAAAAAGUUGAAAUGGCAAAAAUCAAAGAUCAAAAAGAGAAAAAACUUCGAGUUUCUAAACCUAGUAUCACAGAUAUGAUUUCUUUAUUUGAUCCAGAAAAGGUUCAAAUUUGUCUCAAAGCAGUCAACAUCAUCGCAGGAAUUGAUACUAAAACUUAUAAUGCAAGAGCUCCAUCUGUUGCUUCGUUAGUUGGAACUCUAUUAAAACAGCUAGGAGAUUUUUUGAUAGCUGAAAAUAUCAUGGAUAAGCAAAAAAAUAAAAAUGAUGACGUGAAAGACUUUUUACAUGUUAUAAACCGGAAAUGGGCAGAUGUUAUAAAUAAAAAUGUCGAAGAAGCACAAUCAAAACAAAAAAGAAAGAAGAAAGAAGAAUUACCGUCGACAGAUGACAUAAAUAAAUUAAUGGACCAUUUAGUUAAGUUACAAUCACAAGCUUAUGACGAAUUGGUAAAAAAAUUCUCUGCUGACAGCUACGAUCUCUUAGCUAAGACAACACUUAUACGAGUGCAAUUAUUUAAUAGGCGAAGACCGGGAGAAACGGAAAGGAUCUUACUGGAAGAUUUUGAAAUGUACGAUAGACUUAGCGAAGACACUCAUAAAGAUAUAAUGAAAACUUUGUCAGAUAAAGCUAGAGAAUUUUGCAAGAAAUAUGUAAGAUUUUCGAUCAGAGGCAAAAAAAAUCGGCAAGUUUCCGUUAUACUAGAUGAAGUGAUGUUUGAUUCAAUUAAUUUAUUGAUCAAGAAUCGUCUUAAUGCUGGUAUUCACCCACAAAAUCCUUUUGUUUUUGGACUACCAGGUUUUUCAUCAGAAAAAUAUAAGUAUUUAAGAGCCUGCACAUUAAUGCGUAAAUUUUCUGAAGAUUGCAAAGCUGAGUUUCCCAAAAAAUUACGUGCAACUAAACUACGGAAGCAUAUUGCGACAUAUCUUGUCAAUCACAAUAUUAACAAUGUGGAGCGCUCAAAAAUUGCUAGUCAUCUUGGACAUAGUAUGGGAGUUCAUGAAAAUUAUUAUCAUUUGAUUAAUGUUGCCGAGGAAAUUUGCCAAUUGCCACAAGUACUGGAGGAUGCUUGUGGGCUAAAUAAUAAUAACAUGACUAAUGAUAAAAAUAGUGCUGAAUCCUCUGAUAAUGAUUUAGAUUCUGAUUCUGAUUCAGAUUCUGAUUUGAGUGACGCAGACCGUGAGAAAAAAAAUUGUUCACUGACAUUAGAGUCAGAAAAACUCGACACUAAUGAAGAGUCAAAUCUAGAAAUAAGUAUUCCAUGCCGAAGAAUGGUUUGGAGCAAUUUGGAAAUAACUGCGUUGAAGGAGCAUUUUGGGGACAAAAUUAAGAGCCGGACCUAUCCCAAUUCUAAGGAAAUGAAUGCUGUUCGGAUGACUGAUCCACGACUCAAGAAACGUGAAGUUCCAGCUAUUCGAUCAUGGUUCAGCAACUUUUAUAAAAAAUUGAAAAAAAAUAGUCAAUAGUUAUUAUUUUCUCAAUAAUUGUUGCUGGUUGACAUCCAUCGAUAAAAUAAUUUUCUAUUGCUUGUUGCUUAAAGUUCUAUUAAAUUUAAAUUUACUUUUUGUACUUUGGUCAGAGAUUUAAAAAAUUAAUCAUAAAUAGGGACAAGAUUUUUGCCUUAUUUUUUAAAUGAACAGUUAAAAUUUUUGAUAUUACGGAGAAAAUAUUGGACUU